AUGCUCCUUAUUGUCAACUCUUGGAGCGCCUGGUUGGUGGGUGGUGCAAGCUGCGCUGAAGAAGCAAAGCGCCAGUGGCGACGCGUUAGUGGUCUCUUCCGAAGGACCUCCCGGACCUUUGAGCGAUGCUUUGCUGCGCUGGGCUCCACGAUCGUGAUACUCCUGUUGAUGGCUCUCUAUGAUCUCCGCCAAGGACGAGAUCUCCAAAUCCUGGCGAGUUGCAUCAUGGCCUUUUUCUUGCCGGGCGUCCUGUUGACCCAUGCUUCGACCACAACCGCUUGCAACCGGCUACCGUCUUUGGUGACCCUGUGCGAAGCAGAUGAGGACGAGGAGGAUGAGUACAUGGAUCUUGCGAUGUUCCUGUCCUUGAGCGAGUGCGGCUUCUUCAUGUGGGACACCUGUGUUAGUCUUGGACUCGUGCAGAAGUUCUUGUACUUCACUGGGGCCAUUGCUGGUAGCAUUGGUUUCCAAGUCGGGGCCUUCAACUUCACUGCCUGA